AGGGGAAAAGGCUUCAGGCUUUCCGCUUCUCUUUUUUGCCUUCCACGGUGGUGACGCGCGGCGGCGGGAGAUGGUGGAGGUGGAGGGCGAAUAACGUCAAAGCUGCGAAGAAUGCCUCCGCUGAUCUACAAGCCAUCUUCCAGCGACUAACUCGAGAUUUCAACGCCUCCCCAAUUCAGCACUCUCCCAGACUGGUAGUUGAAGGACAGUUCUAAUUUGGUCGGUUAAUUCGUCGCUUUCUUAUCAGUUGCGGAUCUGUGGUCAGCUUCCACUUCAGGGCUUUGCGGUGGAAAGACGAUUGAUUGCUUUUCUUCUCUGGUACUCUCUUACUUGGUAGCUCCUUCAUGCUUGAUCCCGGUUCCAGCAUUGCUGAAUUGUUGAGCAGGCGAUCAUGAAUUUCCUCAUUGGAGCUUUCAAGCCACCCUGCAACAUUUCAAUCGUUUUUGCUGAUAGAAGAACUCGAAAGCAGGUUGCAUUGAAGAAGGAAAAUGGCCAGACAGUCAUGGUUCCUCUCUACCAGAGUCAAGAAAUCAUUGCUGGAGAGGUUGUUGUGGAACCUGCGCAAGGGAAGAAGGUUGAACACAAUGGGAUAAAAAUUGAGUUGCUUGGCCAGAUAGAACUAUAUUUUGACCGUGGAAACUUCUAUGACUUUACUUCCCUUGUGCGUGAACUUGACGUCCCUGGCGACUUGUAUGAAAAGAAAUCAUAUCCCUUUGAAUUUUCAACUGUGGAGAUGCCGUAUGAGUCUUACAGUGGAGUCAAUGUGAGGCUUAGGUAUAUAUUGAAGGUGACUAUCAGUCGAAACUAUGUCAACAACAUUGUUGAGUACCAGGAUUUCGUGGUCAGGAAUUACACUCCACAACCACCAGUCAACAACAGCAUAAAGAUGGAAGUUGGAAUCGAGGAUUGCCUUCACAUAGAAUUUGAAUACAGCAAGAGCAAGUACCAUUUGAAGGAUGUAAUCCUUGGGAAAAUCUAUUUUCUUCUUGUGAGAAUUAAGAUUAAGAAUAUGGAGCUUGAAAUCCGGCGUCGUGAGUCCACAGGAUCAGGACCCAACACGUAUGUAGAGACAGAGACGCUUGCCAAAUAUGAGUUGAUGGAUGGCGCCCCUGUGAGAGGAGAAUCAAUUCCGGUCAGGCUGUUCCUAAGUCCAUAUGAGUUGACCCCAACAUACCGAAACAUCAACAACAAGUUCAGUGUCAAGUAUUACUUGAAUCUCGUUCUAGUUGAUGAAGAAGAUCGACGGUAUUUCAAACAGCAAGAGAUCACUGUAUAUCGGCUUCUAGAAACUUCUUGAUCCUCACUUAUGCCAGGGUGUGUGACUGUGUUGUCACUAGAAGAAUGACACGGCCCUACAAACUUGUUUGCAGUCCAUGAGAUGUCUGAGAAACCUUGACUUGCACAUAGUGUUGUUUGUUUGGACACUUUGAUUGGGCAUGGUCUUUCGCUUGCUGCCAUUUCUUAGAAUCUGGUGAUAUGAUGAGUUGAGUUUGUACCUGUGAUUCUCGACUGUAACAUGUUUGUUUAUCAUUUCUGUAUAUUGUGCACAUUCCCUUGCAUUUGCUCAUUCCAUAUGCUGUUAUGUUUGAACAAUCUGUGUGGAUGAUCUACGGUACUGACAUUG